AUGGUCUUACGGUCUUUUAUCCAGAUACGCCGGAUCGUAUGCGAAGAAGUCACUAUAAACCUGUUUAACCUUGUCAUCAACCCUCACAGUUUUGGGCAGUUGGUCGAGAACAUAUACUAUCUCACGAUUCUGAUCAACAAUGGCAUAUGUGGUAUGGACUUGACAGAAGAUCAAGAACCGGUCAUAUUAGUCUCUCUUGAAUACUCCUUUGAAGGUGGCACCGGUGGUAUAGACACCAACCAUCAACAGGUGCUUGAAUUUGACAUCGCUACAUGGAGGCGCGCCAUCCAGGUUUUCAACAUCACCCAUAGCGUCAUCCCUCAUCGCCUGUAA